AUGCCGGUGGCAAAACGACCUCGGAAAUCCUCCAGUGACUUAGAUCAGGGCAGCCCCUCCCUGACAGAAGAAGAGAACUCAGAAACAUCUUCUGAGUCAGAAAAAAACAGUGACCAGGAUUUCACUCCCGAGAAGAAGCCAGUGGCCCGGGCUCCCCGGAGGGUGCCACCGGCAGGGAGGAAGAAGAAGAAAGUGGAGUCCGCCUCCGACUCGGACUCCAAAGUGGAUUCGGAUUCGGAAAUGGGAAACGCAGCCGUGGACAUGACCAAGUCAGACUCCAACUCCGAUUCAGACUCAGAUGUGUCAGUGAAGAAGGCUCCACGGGGCAGGAAGCCAGGUAACACCAAGAAAGCUGCUGCUGCCCCGCUGGGCCUCUCCUGGUUUCCACAUGUGAGAGAGAUUCGUCGGCUCCGGGAGCAGGAGAAGGAGGAGAAGGAGAAGAGGAAGGAGAAAGCAGAGAAGGGCGAAGAGGUGCACUCAGACUCGGACAGCAGCGCGGAGGAUGAAGUGGCCAAAAAGGGACGGAAAGGCCGGGCCAAGGCCCCGUCGUCCUCGGACUCUGAACUGGAGCUGGAGAAAGAGGUAAAGAAGCCAGUGAAGAAGCAGCCCUCGGAGUUGUCAAGGAAACCAAAUCAGAAGGAGAAGAGGGGCCGAGCAGAGGAGAAACCACGGAACAAACCUUUGAAAGUGGAACAACGAGGCCGGAAGAAAUCCGACCUGAUCCCUGAAAGGAGGGUGGAGAAGAAAAAGGAGCCCACGGUGGAAGAGAAACUUCAGAAACUUCACAGCGAGAUCAAGUUUGCCCUGAAGGUGGAUAACCCGGACAUCAAGCGGUGUCUGAAUGCACUAGAGGAGCUGGGCACACUGCAGGUCACCUCUCACAUCCUCCAGAAGCACACCGACGUGGUGGCUACGCUGAAAAAGAUCCGUCGUUACAAAGCCAACAAGGACGUGAUGGAGAAAGCUGCUGAAGUCUACACCCGCUUGAAGUCGCGUGUCCUGGGACCAAAGAUGGAGGCGAUCCAGAAAGCCAACAAAGCCGGGCCUGAGAAGGACAAGGGGGAGGCAGAGAAGGGCCAGGAGAAGCUAUCGGGAGGGGAGACGCGGAAUGAGAAGGGGGAAGAGGAGACAAAUGCUGACUUGUCGGGUCCUGUGAAUGGCGAAUCCCUGUCCCAAAAAGCAGAAGGAACAGACGAGAAGGACAAAAGCCAAGGGCCGGGAGCUGGCGAGUUGGAGGCACCCGGCGAGGAGCCAGACAAGCAGUGA